CGUUAUUGGUAGAAAAUAAAUAAAGCCGAGUGCAACACUAAUUUAGAAAAAUGGCGUUCUAUACAGCUGCGGGUUGCGCAAUUUUUAUGUAAAUGUGCACGAAAUUUAUUAGAAAAAUUAAGUUUUAAGUGCAACAAAUACUUCAGACAGUGGGCAUGAUCUUUUUGUAUAAUUUAUAGGCUAAAAACAUAUUGUGUAAUAAUAAUUUUAGUUCAGUGCAAACCUGUCAUGGACCGUGUAUUUUUUGUGUUGUGAUGUAUGAAAACGAUAAAUAAUGAAACGAAAAAUAAUGCGAUUGUGCAAAUAAUGUGACAAUGAUGGGUAUGAUAUGGGUGGUGUUAUUGGUGGCCUUGACCGGCUCACACUUGGGACACUGUUCGCCUCUCCGUUCAACGCCGCAAACCUACCCUCAUGAUGGACAUAACCAGUCAAAGUUGGAUGGUUGGGGCCCCGAGGGCUGGUAUGCGGCGGUGCCUGCGCUGGCGCUUAUUGUCACCGCUGUUGGCCUUCUCCUCGGUUGUACCUGGUGCUAUCGGCAUAAAGAUUGCAAGCCAAACGAAGGAGCGGACAAUCAGUUGUUCACGGCGAGCGCGACCCACCUCCACGAUGGCCGUCGCGCCCAUCCACCCGACUCGGGCUUCUCGGAGCCAGUCAACAACAACAUCAACGAAGACAACAACAAUGGCCCGAUAUCCCUGCGGGAGAUGCAGAACAUCGCCAACAACAACGCGGCUGCCUACAUCGUGAGCGAGAACGAGGAGAGGAACAGGCUCAGCCGCGAGUCGGUCGUGGAGUUCGAGCCGCUACCCACCGGGAUACGGGUCGCGGAUCCUUUGGAGCACUGCGCUGACUGGUUCGGCGAAGAAGAUUUUCCACGCAAUCGGUUGCAGUACCUCAGAGAGAUCGGUAGAGGAUGGUUUGGAAGAGUAGUAGAAGGCGAGAUAGAUGAUGCUGGUACUACAACCACUGUCGCAGUCAAGAUCCUCAACCAGAACGCGAGCCUGGAGGACAAGGCGCGGUUCCUGGACGAAGCCAAGAUGUACAGGGACGUGAGGCAUGAGAACGUACUGGCCUUCAUCGCUAAAUGCCUGCAAGAGGACCCCUGGAUACUGAUCUUUGAAUUAUGUUCUAUGGAUUUGCAGCAGUAUUUGGUAGUGAAUCGUCCUAAAAUGGCGAUUCUAAACGAGAGCGGUGUACCGCUCCGGCUUAUGUGUGACGUCAGCGCUGGGCUUGCCCAUCUACACUCACGAGGCUAUCUCUACGGGUCGGUGUGGAGCGGCGCGGUGCAGGUGCGCGGCGCGGGCGAGGCGGCGCGCGGCGUGCUGGGCCGCGCCGCGCCCGCGCCGCCGCCGCGCGCCGCCCCGCCGCCCGAGGCCAGCGCGCAGCCGCCUUUAUACACGGCCAGCACCGACGUGUGGUCACUGGGCACGCUGGUAUGGGAGGUGUGUGCCUGGGGUGGCUCGCCCACUACCCAUCCACCGCCAUUACCUGACCUGCCCUGCCCCUAUAGAAACCACCUUUACCAAGUGAUGCAGCUAUGUUGGAACCCGAGCCCGGAAGGCCGGCCCACGUCGUCGCAAGUGCACGCGCUCAUCAACCACCUGUACACGACGCACCGCGACGCGGCCGAGCCCGCGCGCGACGACGGCUACGGCAGCUCCGACUUCGAGGAGCGCUGGCAGCGCCUCAAGCCCAACACCAUCCCCAAGCUGGACGAGCACGUCGCCAUCGUCCACGCGCCCUCCACCUCCAUGGCCUCGCACUUCACCGGCUCCGAGCAAGAGCUCAACCAACACAUCCAGGACUCCCUCAGUAUCGACAUGGACACCGCCGUCUCACGCUCCAGCAGCAUCCUGUCCGACAAAGACAUGUCCGUACAGAUCAAGUCUGAAAGUCUCACUAACCUACACGGGUCACUCGAAGACGUCAGAAACAUCUACCUCACACACAACGAGACAGCUACGCUCGAAUGCCAUCAAGGCAACAUUAGUCUCGAAGACAGCAGGGAGAAGGAACAGGACCGCUCCGACGCGUCCAUGGAUCCUUGGCUCAAAGACAUUAUUGCCGGCAGCCAAGAUGACGUUAGCUAUUACAAAGAUGUCAGUGAUGUUAUCAAAAAUCUUGAUAACAUUCUGAACUCUGAGAAAACGUCGAGUUCUGAGUCCAGCCACCAAGCCAGUCCUUCUAGAGAUAACUUGAGCUUGGACUGCAAAAAAGAUUACCCGAUGCAGUGCAGUAUGGUGAAAUCCCCUGGAAUAACAAACUUCCAGAGUAUAUUAGAUACUGGUUUUCCACGUUCUGAGGAAGGUGAGACUUGCGAGGAUGACGAUGUUGAUCGCGAUACAAUCGGUACACUGAGCCACUCGUUCGAAAGACACAGCGAGGUCGACACCACCAGUCAACAUACAUUAGAAAAUCUAACUCCCGAUACACCUACCAAGGACAUAGAGAUCGUCAAAGAUAUUGAAGCACAGGUCGUGCAAAGAGAUCUGAAGUAUGAUAUUUUAGUUGAUAAUAAAACUGUUAAAUUUGAAAAUGAAGAUACUGAAUUGCCAAAUGAAAAAAUAGUGAGUAGUGAUAGUGAAAUACCCAGGCUGAAGGAAGUAUGUGUAGCUUCAAUACCUAGUGCUAGUGAUAAAGAACAAUUGAAUGUUAGAAAAGACUGUCAAACAUCAUGUGAUAGUAACGUAAAAGAAAUAAGUACUGAUGUAAGGAAUGAAACUAAGUCAAUAGUUGAAGUAGGAAAGUUGAGUGAAGACACGCCUCAUGAAGUAGAGAAUAAGGAUUCUUUAGAUAAGAUCGAACAGGAACAAAGAGAAGAUGUAGUCUUGCCUAUAACGGUGAAUGAAAUAACGAGUAGUAAAAUAGAGCGAUCAGAACUACAAGCAGAGCCUGAACUAGAGAAAGUGAUAAAAGUGUCACAAACAGCUGCUACAAAGAUCGACAGUGAUAUUAAAGAAGUCCUAAAUAGUGAUCUCAUUAAAGUAACUGACAGUCCUCCAAUAUCCCCUGAUGCCACACAAGAGGGUAGUUUAGAAGAGCUGAGAUAUUUAGAGCAACAGACACCUGAGCCAGUACAAAGUAUGAAUGAAGUCGGAAGUACUAACUUGAAUGAAACAGAAGAGACUGAAAUACCAACAAUCGUUAUAGACGAAGUUAAAUCACCAUCGCCAGAUUUGCCAUCUGAAAUAGUACAAAAUAUAAUUAAGGAUAAUGAGGUCCCAGAAAAUGAAAGCGAAAAUGCAAUUAGAGAUGAUUUAGAUGAAGUUACAAGUGAAGAAAAUGUAAUAACUGCCAACACAACACAAGUGAACUUAGUAAAUAAAGUUGAUGAGAUUGAGGAACCAGUAAUUGUCAAACUCGAUGCGUCAGGUAGUGCCAAUAUUCCACCAAAAUUGCAUGCAGAGAUCGCUAACGAGAUUUCCGCGUUCAUUAUGGAAGAAAGAAAGAUUGCAUUACAUGGCGUAAACACAGGAAGCAAUGAUAAAACAUACACAGUGGAAGAUGAAACAGAAAUAGUAACCGAGGAUAUUCUGAACCCUGAAGUAAUUCCUAUUAGCGAACCUCACAAAGAAGAUAUAGUCAGUGAAACCACUUACAAUGUUUCAAAAGAUAGAAGCCAAGGAUUGGAUAGUGAGAGUAUUGUAAAAUUCACAGAUACAGUUCCAACUACAAAUCUAGAUAAUGUUAUUGCAAAUGUUAUAGAGAAAUCCGAAAAUGUUGAGAAUUCUGUUAUGUCUCAUGUCAAUGCUCUCGAAGAACUUACUAUUCAAAUGGAUCAUGAUUCGUUAUCUAGUAUACAGAAUCAUGAACAGGUAACUAAUGAAAGUUCGAAUAUUGAAGAAGAAAUGCAUCAUAAUGCCCUAUUAAUAUGCAAUAUAGAUACGAAUCAACAAACAGCCAACUUCAAUUUAAAUGAAACCGAAAGUGAAACAUUAAUUAACGAGAAAAACGAAAUAACGAAAGUUCGAGAUGACAACGCAUCUGAAAGGAAACUGAAUGACACAUUCCCAGUUUUAGCGAAAGAUGCGUCUUUAACGGCUGGCGAAUCGGAGGCUAAUGUAGAGUCGUUAAAGUUAGAGGAGAAUAUUGUUCCUAUCAAAACUGAGCAGCCCGCAGCUCAAGAAACAUGUUCUGCAGCCAAAGUAAAUGAAGUCAGCGAUGAAACGAUAGAUACUGUAAAAGUUGUUGAGGACCAAGUCCAGAGGUCCGAUGAAAACAUACUGAUUGAAGCCCAAGAAGAAUAUUCAGCUGAUAGCACUGUAUACAAGGAUCUAACUAACGAAAAUAACACCGAAGUACUUAGCGAUAAUGCAAUCGAUAGUAACGUCAAGAACGUCAUAAUAUCGUGCCUCGAAACAACAAACAUGCAAGAAAACGAAGACGGAUGCUCUCUUGUCAAAAACGAUUCCACUGAAUACCUAGAUUUGCCCAGUUUUGAAAUAAAACAAGUUGAUAAUUUCUUGCACAUGGAAAGAGUGUUCAACAGCUAUAAUGCUGAAGUGGUGUCAAGCACGCCUCUCGCAAGCGAUGGCUCAACUGAUGUAAACAGUACAGUCGAGAAUUCUGUAAAAGAUGAAACACUUAUGUCUGAAACGAAAAUCCCAGAUUACGGAAUGGGAGUGUCUCUAACGAAAUUAGAGCAAAAGUAUGUACCUGAGAACAUGAGCCCGUUCGAAUCGCCUACGAAAAGUCAUCAUACCGACACGUAUGAUGAGAACAGCUCAGUAGUGUUAGGCCCAUUCGAAAAUUGUUCCCUAGAGUUGUUCAAAUGCGUGAAGUCAAGUGAACUAGUCGAUUUCCCGAAAGAAGAGCUACUAGCUUUCUCUUCCAACUUCAGUGAAAUGAAUCUCGCGACACCAUCCCCACUACGCGACGGGAAUUUCCUAAACGAAGUUCCUGAUAUAGUUCAUGAUGACUUACAGUUUGAUGAUAUACAAAGUCUAAGCGAGAAGCAGUCAGAUCCUCAAACUGAGACUGACAGUGGGAACUCAGGCACGGAGAAACGAAUCUCUCCGUCAACGCCACCAAACUCGCCAGGAAUAUUCUUAGCUUCAACAUCACAGCAGAAAUACCUCGUCGAUAUUGAUCUAACUCCUGAGCCAGUCAUGCUUGCAGAACCCGAACUGUCCCUGCAAAAAGAGAUAGAAUUGAAUCAGAUCGAAUUACAGAUUACAUCAAAAUUAGCAAUGGCAGAGAAUGAAAAUAACUUUAACAUUGAAUACUCUGGACCAUUAACAGUGGAAGGAUUAGUUUCAGAUGAUGAAAUGUUGUUAAGGGAUAGUGACGCGUUACCGGAAUCAUUUUUGGCAGGCAACGGAGGUUCCGUAGAGGAUUUGCGAGAGAAUCUCACGCUGGAUGAAGAGUGUGUUAAAGCGCUGAGGAAUGAACUUGAACUGAAAUUGCCGUUAGCUCAGGUCGCCUCAAUCGAGCCUUCGUGCGAACAAGAGUGGUCGACGGAACUUCCGCCGCCGCCUGAACUAAUCCUACGGUACCCAGAGCAUGGGUCACUCCUCAGUCCUAUAGCUGAAGAGACCGGACAACAACUAUCCGCCUAUGAAAACGAUAUUAAUUGGAACCCAUCAACCCGCUCAGAAUCAUCAGAGAGCUACCCCGAGCCGUGUAACAACAGUACUGAUGACGUCACCGAGCUGCCGACGGGCGCUCAGAGCGGCACACACGAUCACUCCACAUACACGAUACAGUCGAGGGAGCACUCCAAGGAUCCGUCCCGAGACCCGUCGCGAGUUCCGUCACAGAACAACACAUACACGCUGCACAGGGACCUUGAUAUUAUCAGCAGUAGAGAAAUUACUAUGAGCGCAGACAGCUUGAACGCCAGCCCGUAUAAAAAACCGAUACACGACGCCGAAUCACCGAUCGAUGACAAAACUUAUAACAAGGAGGAAGAAAAAGAGUCCUUAGAGAGGAUAUCACAAGUAUCGCCCUUUCUCCUGAGCCCUACGAAAGACACGUCAGCACCAGAAACAUCUGAUAACCUUGACAAUGCCACGGGAGUGUCGACUCUAUCGAAAACCACUCUACCAACUGACGCGAAACUCUCCAAGCCGUCAGAAACACAAUGCUUGUCCAAGGCUACCAGCAUCGAUUCCUGGUGCUCUAACGAUACCCUUUAUAAUGUUGAGGAAAACUUCGACGACUUAGCGAUGGACCCCGACGUACCGGAUUUCGAAAACGAAAAGGAAGAAGGCAACAGCGAGAGUACCGAUACGUUAACACACAACGACGAUGAGAAAGAAGCUAGUCACUGUUCCACAUACAUCAUACACGAUAGCAAGUCGGAGGCCUGCGAGACCUUCUCACCGGACUCGAUAACCGCCAACGAUAACUACACGUAUACGAAAGUGAAGACUGAGAACGCUGGUACUACGCCGUCUAUCAUAACUAAGUCAGAAUUGAACGAUUCCACGAAAAAUACGCAAACUAAGGACCUGGCUUAUGGUACCCUUAUGUCUGGUUUGCCGUCUUACUCAAACUGCACUACAGAACUCGCUUCUGGAUUCGAGGACUGGAAAAUGCCUCAGCCAGAGUUGGUCAGGAAGUCACCAAUGAUAGACAACGCUGAUCUGACUCCACCAAGUCCGACUGAAGAUAAAAAGGUCGAUAUAACUAGUCCACAGCUAGAAAGUGAACCAUGUAUCAAGAAAAUGGAAAGCAUUGAUAUAUCUUGCCUUCAAGAUAAUUUGAUAGACAGCCAUAACAAGACAGAAAAUGUAGAAAGCCAGGUACUUUUAAUUCACAACGAUAGUCCGAAUUAUAACUACAGGAACAUGGCGCCGUCUGUUACAAGUACGCCUAUUACCGACCUCAUCGACGACUCCGCAAUCGUCGAAGGGAUACCCAUGAGACUCCCUGAAAAUAACACGGCAAGCUCCGAGGACAGUAGCAAUGUACCCAAUUUCCAAACCUUCCAACAGUCUGCUGAGGUCAGACCGCAAGACUUAUCCUCCAGCGCCACUAAUGCGAGCGGCCACCAGGACUCAGAAGUUCUGUUAGAAGGUGAUAGCAAAACCGUAAGCAAAAACAGCAACAGAGACAGUAUUGCUGUGUCUGAACGCACGCUGACUUACUUAGAUUUUGAAAACUCGGCUGUUACAAAACCUCAGGACGUCAGCCCAAAAGAUAGGUCUAGUCAGAGUAUGGAGAGCGGAAUAAUUAGUACUGAUGAUUUUGAGAAUUUUGAAACAUCAGUAAGAGGCCGUCCACAAGACUUGUCAUCGUUGAUUGAUGCCAGUUCUCUUUUGUUAUUGAGCGAAAGGAAGUCCACAGAACUUGCAAUGGGUUCGUUGCCAAUAGACUACGAUCAGAGUAGCCGAUCGGAGAGCCAAGCGAACGAGCAAUCUCAAACGAGUCCGUCUAACAUCACGAAUUUAAAAGAAUCUCACAGUUUAGUUAAUUUUAGAGAACCGAAUUUUUUAAUCAAUUUCGAUGCCGACGAUGAGACUGAACAACCUCAUUCGAUCAUCAUCACAGAAACUACGAUGGAUGCGUUUAAAGAGAGUCCCAACAGGACAUACGACACUCAAGUCGACGUUAAUAAUGUGGAGGUGAACCAUUUAUAUGAACCUCACACCAGUAGAUUUCAAGAACACAGCAAUUUUGGAAAGCUUCUAGAACAUAAAAUUAAUGGAGAAGUCAACUUAAAAGAAGACGAACUUCUUAGUGACGUAGAAAAAGUACUAUCAUCUCCUAAAAUAGAAUCAGAUGCUCAAACCAACAAUACCUUUCUAGUCGAAGUUCACAAAGAAAGUCCAAAUUCGUCAAGAUCGAGUACCAAAUCUAGGAAGAUUAAUGAAGUCCACUGUAAUGGUGGGAGCGAGAAGUUUGCUACGGUGAAUUUUCUCAACGAGACCUUUGAGGAACUGAUUGAGAGUAACGUAGACGAUGCUGACACGAAGACAGACGAACACUCCAAUGAAGAUCAGGGUCCGGAAAGUAUAAAGUCUGUGGAAAGUCAGUCUUUACAAGCAAUGGACAGUCCCAAAGUGUCGAAGAGUAUAAAGGAUGAGUUGCUUGAGGUUGGAGAACUCACGAAUGGAGUAGCAGAAGAGAAUAUCAUGGUGACGACCGUCACACAAGACUUUCUGCAGAAUGAAAAGAAAUUCUGUACCCUCGAUUCGUAUCUGCCGAUGCUGAGUGAUAUUAGAUUCACUGGCCCGGCAACGGAAAUAAUGAGUACAUCGUUUACACAAGACUCGCCCACUGAGCCGACUUCUCCAGAAAGCGCAGAGAAGCGAGACACUGCUGCCGACAUCCUUAAGGAGUGGGACAGCGACUCUGACUCGCACACCAGCAAUUCCUCAAGCGGAGAGUUCAUAUGGAAGGACGGCGACGGACACGAGACCUCGGUCGUACCAUCCACGCACUUCGACCACCAGCGCACCGGCGAGUCUCGGAACAACAGCAACAGCGGCGAGCAGCACGGGUCGGCGGGCGGCAACUCUGCGGGCUCGGGCGGGUCGGCGGGCUCGGCCGCGUCCGACGCCAGCGCCGACUCGGGCUCGGGCUCCGAGGGGGACGAGGUGGAGUUCGUGCCCUCGUCCUGGGACUGCCGCGCCGCGCCCGCCAAGUCCUCGCUCAGGAGUCUGGAACAGGCCACGCCGGACAACAAGAAGCGCGUAGUGUUCAAGCGCCAGAAGUACCACUGUGUGUACGAAUACCCGCGCGAGGUGGCCGACAUCGAGGCGCACUCGCCCGCCGCCUACCUGCCCGACCUCUCCACAUACUCCGAGUGGGACCCGACCAGCGUUGAAGAGGCAGAAUUAGGCUAUGGACAGUUGUUCGGCGGUCCGAGCCCACUCGACCUGUACCCAAUGCGAGCGGGUAUUGCCUUUGGUGCUGAUUACGACGACGAUUUCUUUAUAUCGUCGUCAGCUCGUCCAUUCGAGAGUCUCGGCAUCAUGUCGACCACGAGCCAGUUCUUCCCCGGAAAGCACGUGAAGCCGUCCCUGUUGGAGCGCGACCUGUCCGAUGAUAUCACGGAGGACUUCCCGCCGCCGCCCUCGCCGCUACCCACCACCACGCUCAUGCCCACGCGGACACCCUCGCUGGAUUUCACCACCCCCGACUCGGGAGUGGAGGACAUCACGCCAGGAUCCACUACAGACGAAGACUUCAAGAAGAAGCUUCCGGAGACAGAGCUGACGUGGAGGCCCGUGGACAGCGGCAGCUCCAGCGAGUCCGUGAGCCCGAGCUCGCCCGGCGGCGAGGCGCUGGGCGGCCUGCGCCACACGCGCGACAAGCUGAAGCUGGACCUGCCGCCCAGCCCGCACGUGCCCUCGCCGCGACACAGCCGCGUCUUCAGCUUCGUGCUCGACAAGCCCAAGCGCGCGCCCGACGCCGCCAACACGCCGCUCGUCAUGACCGACGACACGCCCGUCGUCACUACCUCACUGCCGCUGCAGAAGGACUGCGAGGACUUGCCCGUGCCUGAACCGACCUUCUCAACGUUCGGCAAGAGCCCGCCUAAGGUCGAGCCCGAACAGAAACUCAUUCUCACCGACGAUGUAGAACCGGACGGCACGGAGGUCAAGGAGGAGAGCCCUAAGGUCGUGGAGGCUGUGAAAGGCGAGGGCACGGUGUUGGACAGCGGAGAUGAAGACUCCGGCAUCGAGAGCAGUUCUAAAGCCACGUUGGAGCGAAAUAAAACAAACGUUUCAUAAUUAGAACAAAGUAGGAGUAGUUUUGUAUAAAUAGGUACUGAAAGCUAGAUCUGAAAUAAUCCCCACUGACACUUUGUUGUCCGAACAAGGUUGACAGUGGCGAGUUAAACGAUGUCGUCAUGUAGGACGUAUUGGUUGGAAGCCGAAAUGUGUUUUGUUGAUUGUUAGUGUGUAACUCAAGUUUGCUAAGUAUUUAUAAAAGGACUUGAACUAUCCGUCAGCUGUUAUUCGUGUCCUUAUAAGUAUCUAAGUAGUAGGUACAGAACACGGUUCUAAUCCAACCUAACGUUACCCUCGUGUUGGUUUUGUUAACCGUAUCUCAUGAACGCGUCCGAAACGAUGCAUUAUUGCCAUUAUUAAAUAAAAUAGUAUUACUAACAGCAAAAAGUAUUACUGCUGCAACUUUAACUUGGUAUACAUAUCGGAAUUAUGGACUUCGAUGUUUUUAUAUCCAAUCAUAACAAGGAUAUCGAGUUAGGACAAUUAAACGGGUUAAACCAUCUCAAUUACCAUUGAACAUUUAUAUUAAAUCAUGUUCGGAAUAUUUCAUACCGUUCGGUGUUGCCAACAAACAUGUGAUCACAUUUCUCUUGCGAUAUCGCUUCAAAAUUUACAGUACAUCAUCUUAAACAUAGUUCUCUUUUAUACAUUCAAAAAUCCUAUGUAAAUAUAUAUAUCGUGUCGUUCUCCUAACUCGAUUGAGCUCGAACAGUAUUCGCUGACGUUGUACACUGUAAGCGACCUUCAUACUAAAGUCAAUGCAAGAGCGGACUCGGUUCGUUCGGUGAUCACUCACAAAGGUACAAAUAGCCAUGAAUUAUAUCUAUAGGUGUAUCGCUUUCAUUAUCGCGUAAUAUUAAGGGCUUUGAUACUUUUACACUGGAACAGCCUAAUUUUAUAAAAGCAAUCGCGUCCGACCAUUUUGAAACACAUAUUUGUAUUUAUUGGAAUCGUACUUCGCGUGCAUGUGGAUUUUGUUUUACUCGAUGGAUGAAAAAUUGCAACAAUCUAUUUACACUCGAAUGAUUAAUUAGUUUACUAUUUAAUAAUGCACGCAGCUGUAUUUUUACACGCAUGUGCUGCAUGUAAAGCCUAUCUUCAAAACGUAAUCUCUUUGAAUUAAUACAAAAUAAGUUGAUUCACUUUAUAAUUUUUAUAUAUUCGUAAUGAACACAUUGUAGAGUGGAAUUGGCCUAUCCUCGUAUCUACAGUGCAGGCAGCCGAUCCUCGUAAUUGUUAGAAGUUUUCAUACGUAACGUUUUUUACUCUAAUUUCGUAUGUACGUAGUGUUAGAAUACGCCCCCGUUGCGUCCGAGGGACACGCGCAGUAAAUUCAGUGUUGUAUGUAUAGUAUUGUAUGAUUCCCACCAAAAUUACUUUUUAUUGUUUGAUUAAAUAUAAAGAAAUAUUGAGUGGCGUCGUGUUGCGUCCUCGGCGUGUGCCCGGCCGCAGCGGAUAUAUCUCAAUGUCUAAAUUAAAUGUUAUUUGUGACGACCUAUAUUACUUUACGCACAAGUGAGACGCAUCUUCCAUCUUUUAAACCUCAAAUAUAUCUAAAUUUAACGUUUCGGUCUACGAUUGAGGUUAAAAAGCCAAUUGUUAGUUAAGUAAAAGUUUAUAUUAGAUAAGUGUAGUGUUAGAUGUAACAAGUUGUGGUGAUAGAUCGACAUUGCGUAUUACGUACACUCAGCAACAGAAUGUCUAGCAAUCUCGUGGCUAACUCCCAGUUAUUAUUUAUUAUCGGAAGGGUCCGGCACGCCGCUGUUGCUGACUGUACGGCGAGUGUGCCACUAUAACGUCAUCACUAUAGUAUGCAAUACGUCCAGUAAGUGUGAACCUAAUGUGCAAUUCUUCUCAUUUCCAUAUCAUCGCGUUUUAGUUGUUUAGUUACUGCUGUAAAUAUAAUUUAAUGUUAUUAUGUAUUGAAGGAAAUAAUCUUUUUUAAUAUGAAAAUUUAUUGAUUGUAUUAAUUGUACUACACGUUUAUUGUUCUGAAAAUUAUUUUUUACAGUUUUAGAAUGUUUUCGUUAAUGUACAGAUGUAAAUAAGUGAUAGAUGUUCAUUUUGUUACGAUGCGUAGUGGGAGGUAAGUGAGAUAUUGUCGGCGAGUGCGCACGCGCAAGCCACUGUUGAUUGUGAGCCGAACAAGACAACAUACCUUAGCUCCGUGUUAUGUCUAAGUAAUACGUUAAUUAUAUUCGUUUGUAGAAAACCUUACUCAGCAGAAUAGUUUACUUCAAGCUUAUGAUAUAAAAAAUAAGGAAUUUAUUUGAAUGAAUUGUCCACUUUAAUUAUGGUAUUUAUUGAUCGUAAGUUGUUAUUGAUUUGUAUGAGUUGUCGGCAGUAUUUAGUGAAUGUGAACGCAUUGGAAGUCUUUUCAUAUUGUGACUUUGUCGAGUCUUUUAAAAGUAUUUCUAUGAAAAAAAAUAUAAUUAAUAAAACUUGUGACUCA